AUGAGCAAGGCGUUGGCUCGGGAUUUGGGCAGAUACGUAUAUGCCUUGGACCUGAGAAACCAUGGCCAAUCUCCUCAUGACAAACAGCAUGACUACUUGUCCAUGGCAGAAGACGUCUCUAGUUUCAUCGGUGAUCACGGCCUUCAGAAUACUACCCUGAUAGGCCAUUCUAUGGGAGCCAAGACUGCUAUGGCACUGGCUCUGCAGUCACCACACAGCGUGGCAGACAUUGUUGCUGUCGACAAUGCCCCCGUGGACGCGUUGCUAGGCUCGGAUUUCUCAUCUUAUAUUCGUGGCAUGAAAAAAGUAGACCAGUCUCACGUCACAAAGUUGGCGGAAGCAGAUAAGAUUCUACAAGAAGUAGAAAAGUCCCUUCCGAUUCGACAAUUUCUUCUGGGAAAUCUUCAUCGCGAGCCUGGUCAAAAGACACAGACAUUCAGAAUACCUCUCGAUACACUUGGCGUUGCACUGGGCCACCUUGGCGAUUUUCCCUUUAAAGAUCCAACUCAAGUUCGUUUCGAGAAGCCAGCUCUAUUUGUGCGCGGAACCAAAAGCAAAUACGUGCCCGAUGAAGUGCUUCCUGUGGUCGGGCAGUUUUUCCCCAGAUUUCGUUUGGUUGACAUUGACGCUGGCCACUGGGUUAUUUCAGAACAGCCAGAGGAGUUCAGACGAGCUGUUGUGGAAUUUCUGCAGAAUAAAGACUAA